UAUAAAUUCAUUCGUAGAAAGAUUCGUUCCGUCUUCGCCUCCAAAAUCUUUGGCCUUCUGCUAAUCUUGAAAUCUUCCAGAGUUAAAAUGGAAUCUGCUCCACAGCAAUUCAAGAUAAUCUUAGGAUCGUCAUCUGUUGCUCGCAGAAAGAUUGUAGCCGACAUGGGCUAUGAAUUCACGACUAUGUCUGCAGAUAUUGAUGAAAAGGCCAUUCGGAAGGAGAAGCCUGAAGAUUUGGUUAUGGCUCUCGGGGAGGCUAAGGCAGAUGCCUUAAUAGAACGGCUCCAGAAUCAGAAACACCAGGAGAAUGAUGCCAAACCUACAGUUGUGAUAGCAGCUGAUACCGUAGAAAAUGCCCAAACAAAACUUACAACAAAAGGGGAUGAAGGACCUACCUUGCUGAUCACUAGCGACCAAGUGGUGGUGUAUGAAGGCGCAAUAAGGGAAAAGCCUUCGAGCAAAGAAGAGGCACGUGAAUUCAUGAAAGGCUAUUCAGGUGGACAUGCAGCGACUGUGACUUCUGUUGUUGUCACUAAUCUUAGCACUGGAUUGAGGAAGGGGGAUUGGGACAAAGUCGAGAUUUAUUUCCAUGAUAUACCUGACAAGAUAAUAGAUAACAUGCUAGAAGAAGGAAUUGUGCUCAAAGUAGCUGGAGGACUCAUUAUCGAACAUCCUCUUAUUUUGCCGUAUGUCAAAGAAGUGGUAGGAGGAACUGACAGUGUAAUGGGACUACCCAUGGCCUUGACAAGAAGAUUAAUCGAAGGUGUUCUGUAAGAUCGAACAACUUCUUGACAUUUUAAGAUUUGAGCCUCUUACUUACAUGGACUAAAUUAAGAGUAUAUUGAUAUUGUCGUUUUAAUUAUUGUGUAAGCUAAUUAAAGAUAUGGUUUUAAUGCAAAUUAUAUACGA